AUGCCGCGGCUCAACCCCGUCUCUCAGGCCGCUAUCGAUAGACUCAGACAAUAUACGCCGCCGGCGACGAACUACGACCUCGCGCCGCUGUCGCGUCGCGCAGCGGUCUUGGUGCUGCUGUAUGCGGAUCGGGAGGGGGCGUUGAGGGUGGUUCUGACGAUGAGAGCGAAGACGUUGAGUUCUUAUGCUGGUCAGGCUGCUUUACCCGGUGGCCGCGCCGAUUCUCUGGCCGAAUCGCCCUUUCAGACGGCCCGCCGCGAGGCCUACGAAGAGAUCGGUCUGCCGCAGGAGGACAGCAGCCUUCCGCGGCCCUUCCGCGUGGAGCAUCUCUGCGAGCUACCGGCGAACCUCGCCCGGACGGAGCUGGUGGUCCGGCCGUGUGUGGCAUUGCUGCAUUCCUACGACGAGGCCACGGCCGAGAACGCCGACCCCGAGGUGUCGUUGAUCCCCCGGCUGGAUGCCAAGGAGGUGGCGGCGGUGUUUACCGCCCCGUUCCAGGAUUUCCUGCGCGUCAAGGGCGACACCGACCCUCAGUGGUAUCGGGGAUCGUGGACGGAGUGGCAUGAGAGUCGGUGGAGAAUGCACCAAUUCUUCGUUCCGGUUCGUUCGGAGGACGUGGUCAAGCCGAAGGGUGAGAAUGAAGAACAGCAACACCUCCUCAGCCAGCUGGAAAAGCAGGAGGAAGGGUCCGCGGCGGCGCGGUACCGGGUCUGGGGCAUGACCGCUCGGAUGAUGGUGGAUGUGGCGCGAGUGGCGUAUGCACAGGAACCCGAGUUUGAACACAACAGCCACUUUGGGGACGAGGCGAUGAUCUCACGCCUGCUGAAGAUGGGCCGCUUGAGUGCGGUCCGGAAAAGGGGGGAUCAGUUGACCAAGGAGGAUAUGAAGCUGGCUGCUAAGCUCAGUUGA